CCGCGCUGAGUCGCAUGCAGCCCUGUCACUGUCACCCGUCCGGCUGCGACUGCGCGUGCCCUGGUUUCGCUGCCCCCAUGCCCGCCCCAGAGACGACUGCUGCUCUUAUGUGCCCGCCCUGCCUCCGCCCACCGCCCGCGCCCAGUGGCCAGCCCAACUCCCACCUGCCAGAAGCAGCACCACCACCAACGCACAAUUAAUAACCGGCCCAGCAAGCGAAGCGCCUGAGGGACGCCUGAAGGACCGGCGCACGGCAACACAGGCCUGCUCCGCCAAGGUCAGCUGCAGACGAGUGUGCUUCCCAGAAAACGAGCGUGUUGCGUCGGCUUGCAUGCCCCCCAAGGCCCACAUAUCCUACUGAGACACCGAUACCCUUCAAGCCACCUCCAGUCGCCCUCUGCGCACCUCCUCCGCCCCAGGCCCAUCCGACUGCCUCUGCGACUGCUGUCGCCGUCAACGCCUCGCUCGCGCGGGGCAAUUCCAUCAUGGCUUCCAAGAUGAAACGAAAGUUUUCCUUUGACAUUCCCAGAUUGAUCGGCCACCUUGGCAUCAUUGGCCACAAUGCAUCCCAUCGAACAGACCGAAACGAACACAGAGACUGGAAGGACCACUAUGCCUCCCCGCCCGAGUCGCGCCCACCGACGCCGAAAAGUGUGCGACCGCCAAUGCCCAACGACAUUGAAGCCGAAUUGCGAGCCGCGUGCACCUACGUUAUAACACAUCCAAAGCCCUCGCAUGAGGUAUGGGGAGGAGAAGCAGCAAAGCCCGCGUUGGACUAUGCUGCAAUCAAGGCUGGACCAGUGGCAGAAGCAGUGCAUCCAGCGAGGACGAGUAGCAUGCGUCACAGACACGAACGUUCACAAGAGCCGCCGCACUCAUCGAGAUACGCCUACAAGCCCAAUGUAGCGACCGAGGAUUUGUUCAACGGUGAGAGCCAUGGCAGCAAACAUGUCCAGAGGAAUGCGAGAUCGCGCGCAGACAUGUUGAUGGCCGGCGAUGCUGUCAAGAACAUGCCAUCACGUAUGCGACCGCGUGUCGAGCCAUCGGAAACAUCACAUCCUCCAGCCAGUAACACGGAAAAGUCCAAGCCAUUGCAGCGAUCAGAUUCAGUCGGCACUUCGGGCUCCACACCCCACACAGAUUCCACGGAUUAUCCCUGGUCGGCUUCUACAGGCCUGACAUCCGCUGUCAAUACGCCUGCCCGUUCCAAGCGCACUUCUGGACAGGCAAUCCCACCGACUUCGGAAAGUGGCAGUGCACCUCAGGCGGACUUUUCCAAUGGCGAUUGGCUGCGCGCUGAGUUGGAAAAGCACAAAAAGGUCAUGGAGGAAAGGGAACGCGCGAAGACAAUCGAUCCCUCGAAUCAGAGUGAUAACACGUCGACAACGCAGACACCCGUUCUGCCGGCUCCCUACUCACAUGUUCCUGCACGGAAACCAGUUCCAGCACGGUCUGCAAGUAGACCGGGAGAUCAAAACCAAACGCGGCCUGGAAGUAAAGACCAGCACGAUGCAGAACGGGGACGACCAUUUGCCGUUCGCACUGAUUCCCGCCAACCCCAAAUUGAUAUCGACACUGACAGCCGAGGACGAAUGCCUGUCCGCUCAAAUAGUCGUCUAGGCAGGGCAUCACGAGCUGCGAGCCGGGCGGCCACCGAUGUCAAAGGCGUGACUCAGGAUCUGUUUGCCCAUGUGCGCCGCCACGAGUCUAACAGAGCAACAGCGGACCCUAUUGAAAGACCGCCGAGUAGAGCACGUGAGAUUGCACAUGGCAUGAAGGAAUAUUUCAGACCAGGCACGGCUUCCGGGUUUCGAAGCGGCAGGCCGAGCGGCGAAUACACGCGUGGCCAUGUACGCAACCAGUCUAUCGGCUCGAUGCAAACUUCAACAUCAGAAACAAGGACCUCGUCGGAUAGAGCAGCAGACUGGAAGAAGUGGCAUCCGCCGACCAAGGCAUUCACCAACGUGACGCAAGCAGAUUCCAGCCGGCCAGCCAGUGGAACUCCAGCGAAAACGCAGGUGGACCUGAACCGAGAACUUCCCCCUCUCCCUGGCCUAGACUCCUGGAAGGAUGAAGAACCGGCCACUGUGCACCAAGGCACAAAAGCAGAGCCGUCCUCACAUUUAAAGCUCCCAUCAUCGCCCUCCUUCGUUGGUGGUCUGACUCCAGCAUAUCAUGGACUCAGAAGAGUCUUGUCUCGUGCUUCGCUGAAAAGCCCGGCUUCGCCUGUCUUCCCACACAAGGAUGACCAAGUUUCUUCCAAUUCCUCCCAAUCGAGGAAGACUUAUGGUGACUCAGACGGCCCGCGGCCAAACACGAGAGCCACGUAUGGUAAUUCCGCAACGAGCUCUCCAAUGGUUGAGCAAUUUUCGCAGCUCUCGAUCACUAAAAGCACUGAUCGAAUGUCAGCUCAUUCUUCCGGGCAGGACAGCACACGUGAGCAUACUGCGCGAGCCGAUAUGCCCCGUAGUGACUCGCCUCAAUCGAAGCACGAGUCAGAGCAGGGUCAGCGCGUCAGGAAACCCCACAUAACAGAUUAUCGUCGUGCAGCAGGCCCUCCGUUGAGCGGGAGCUCGAGGGCCUGGGGUCGCACUGGUCAGCGUCCUGCAGGUACCACGGCUAGCAUAUCAUCCGGACACUCUCGUCAAAAUAGCGACAGGUCGCACGCACCAAGUGCCCGCAGCGCAGACCAAAGUCGACAGGACAGUACGACUGAGUUCGGACAGGAGAAGAAAAAGCACUGGUGGCAGGCCAAAGAGAGGGAGAAAGGCCAGGCGAACUGGAUGGAUCAUGUGCCACACUUUGGGUCCAGGAGAGGGACAGGCCUUGAUAGUGUGGCUGGGGCGCAUUCAGCACGAUCUUAGAAAGAUUGCGCGCGAAGGCGCUUCAGUACGAUGGAUUUACGAUUCCACUACGGCGCCAGAGUGUGUUGAUGUGUUUGGGACGGAGGAGCACUUUGGAAGGAGAUCCGAUUGCCACAGACUGAGUCGUGGCCUAAUUGCACGAGACACGACAUCUUUGAUGGAAAGGCGAUUCAGAGCGAGGCCUUGAAAAACUUUCAUUGGGUAGCUGGCAUUGGCUGCUGGCUAAGGGGUCGGGCGUUUUGUGAGCUCGUGGAGAAGAGCACGGGGGUUGUGCUUUUUCAGAGAUACCACUACAAUCGCUCGAGGGCAGGGAAGAUCUUCUUUAGUCUCUUGUAUUAUGAUCAACUCGGGG